CUCUUAGUUGCAAUGGCUUCUAGCCAAGAACAGGAGGUUCUUCUUCCGCCUCUUUUGCCUGUUACUCCAGACGAUCAUAGUGCCUGGGUCAUAACUGUGAGCACUAUUCUACUGAUUAUUACUAUUCUCGCGACAACAGUUGCUCUGAUAUCCCGCCUCCGUGUCUUGCGCAAAGUUUCGUGGAGUGACUCGAUUGUGUUUCUCAGCUGUGUUCUCUUUAUCCCUCAAACUGUGUGCAUCAAUAUAGCAAGUUCUCAUGGCAUCGGCAAACACCGACGUGCGUUGAGUGAUUCUUCAUUUGAAACAUAUAGCAAGGCCCUCUAUGCUAGUCAACUUUUCGCCGUCCUCGUUUUGGCAUGCUCGAAAGCCGCCGUCGCCCUCCUUGUCUUAUCACUGAAGCCCUUCGAGAGGAUCUCCGCGGCGUGCAAGAUUGCCUUGGGAUUGAUUGGGGCAUGGGCACUGGCCGCGUUAGUGGCGCUCGUUGUGCAAUGUGAUCAACCACGUCCGUGGAACUUCAGCCCGGAACGAUGCCUAAACCAACACGCGCUAUACAUCAGCCUGGCCGCAUGUCAUAUGUUUUUGGAUGUAUGCAUAAUCGGACUACCAGUGACUCUACUUCAACAAGUCCAAAUCAUCCAAUGGAAACGCCAUCACAUCUCAGCCCUAUUCGCCAUGCGUGUUCUAGUCCUAGCAUUGACCAUGGCCGGCCUCCGCUCCCUGAAGCCACUCUUCAGCUCCGAACCCCCAGACAGACCCUGGCACGCUCUAAUGCCAGCAAUCUGGCUCCAACUCAUCCUCAGCUCCUCAAUCCUCUGUACCUGCAUCCCAACCUUAAAGCGCGUGCUAGCCGAUCUCCAAACAGGCAUGAUGGCAGGAACAGUGUCAGACUUCUUCGAGCAAUCGGUCUCGGGUCAGAACUCGAAGGAUCGGUCGGGAUUCAAGUCUGACAGUGGCCUUGGGCAACGAUCAGGAUCGGCGACCCACACCAUAAGUCCUAAUUCCGCGGCCCAUGGGAGCCGUCCCGGUGUGGAGCGUGUGAAUAGUCACCAGAUCUUGCGCGAUAAUGCUUCUGUGCAUACUGUUGAUUAUGAUGUGCGCUAUGAGGGGGCUGAGCCUGGUAGGGCUUCAUCGUCUAGUGCUGUUGAAUCCUUUCUAUUUGAUGCUCAUGUGGGGGAGGAUGAGAGCGUUAGUGUUCAUCAGAUGGUUGGAGGGAAUGGUAAUGGUAAACGGGGUUACAUUUAG